GUUUCUCGAAUGGCGCGGUGAAAGUUUUCAAGCAUUGUCUUUUCAAUUCCGUUACGAAUCAAACGCUGUACAAGUCGAACGCUAAACACAAAUAUAAAAUUUCUCUUAUUUAGUUUACUUCAAAUAAUUUUACCUUGAACCAUGGGAGACCGUAAUAAGCGACCGGUUAUCCUACUGAAAGUUCCGACCUCUGAUGAUUAUUAUGGUUCGGCUUUGCGCAGCAAUAAUCUGGAUCCCAUAUUCAUAGCUCCGUCGCAUUUUGUGUUCAAGAACCUGAAGCAAUUGCAGGCUAAGCUAAUGGAACCACACAAAUAUGCAGGGAUUAUCUUUGCGGCUCCACGAUGUGUCCAGGCGGUUAACGAGGCUCUGGACAAGGCUCCUCUUCCCAGUUGCUGGCGACCCUUGCACAACUACUCCCUGGGGAAGAAUACCCAUAGCUCGGCGUGGUUUACAUUGCAGAAUCUUCCUACUUUGGGUGAUCACGCGGUAAAUGCUAAUAAUCUGUGCGAUCUGAUCGUGGAGACUUUCGGACCCAAGAGGGAUCUGCCGCUGUUGAUGCCCUGUGGCAAUGGCGUUGGACAGACGCUGCGACUCCGUUUGGUGGCUCAGGGAUUCCGCGUGGAUGCUUGCGAAGUGUACGAGAGUCGAUCCCACCCUGAUUUUGUCAACCAUAUGCGACAUGCCCUCAAGUUCAAGCGCAUGGAGACGAUUGUCUUCUUUGGACCCUCCAGUGUCCGCAGUUCCUUGGAGUUCUUCGAGAACUACAACGUAUCCCUUAAGGAUCGCAAGUUGAUAGCCGUGGGGAGUGGUACCCGGAAGGCAAUGGAGGAUUCCGGCAUGCAGGCAGAUGGUGUGGUGGAUGCCGCUGACGUGGACCACCUGAUAAAGAUCAUCAAAACGUAGUUUAGAAAAGUUGUUAUUUUUUGCGUAUUGUUUUUACCUGUUUUUACUUUUGGUAUGCUUUCAAAAUCUAGUAAGUGUUUAAUGUCCUUGAAUAGAAGGUAUCAUGUACUAAAUCGAGAUAAAUU